UAAAUUGAAGGAUACUGAUCCAUGGCUGAACUAAAUUGCCCUCUCUGGAUUAUUAAAAGAAUUUAGAAAUGGCGGCCAAGAGAUUGUUCUGUGAAACAGAGUCGUGCUCGGAUCAGCCUCCUGAGAAGCGUCCACGCCAAACUUUUGCUUCGGUAAUCGGAGAAGUUGUGAUGGUGAAUUCGCUCAGGAAUUUGUCAAAGGCAUUGGAACCGUUGCUCAGACGAGUGGUGAAUGAAGAAGUUGAAAGAUGUUUAAAUCGUUAUACACGGCCAUUGACGAGGGCUUCGUCGUUGAGGAUUCAGGCUCUGGAGCCGUCCAGUUAUCAGCUGGUUUUCCUGAAUAAAUUGCCUUCUAAAAUUUUUACCGGAAGCAAAAUUACGGAUGUUGAAGGGCAGCCGCUUCGGCUCGUGCUCGAGGACGCCGGAGGAGAUCCGGCGUCGCCGAUGUGGCAGUCGGUCAAAAUAGAAAUUGUGGUUCUGGACGGCGAUUUUCCGGCCGGUGAUAGAGAAUACUGGACGCCGGAGGAAUUCAAUGCUAGCAUUGUGAAGGAGAGGUCUGGAAAGAGGCCGCUGCUUCACGGCGACAUGAAUAUAACCCUCCGCCACGGCGCUGCAACCAUCGGAGAAAUUGAGUUCACGGAUAACUCUAGCUGGAUGCGGAGCAGGAAAUUUAGGCUCGGAGUCCGAAUUGUUUCCGGGUCGGACCGCGAUAAGGGCAUACGGAUCCGAGAGGCUAUAACCGACCCAUUUGUGGUCAAAGAUCACCGUGGAGAAUUGUACAAAAAGCAUUAUCCACCAAUGUUGAACGACGAAGUAUGGAGACUAGAAAAGAUUGGCAAAGAAGGAGUGUUCCACAGAAAGCUAAGCAAUCACAACAUCAAGACAGUCCAAGCCUUCUUAAAGCUCUAUACGAUCGACCCACAAAAGCUAAGAACGAUUUUGGGAGUGGGAAUGUCGGAGAGGAUGUGGGAAGCAACUGUGAAACAUGCAAAGACAUGCGAAUUGGGAAACAAGCUGUACAUGUUUCGCGGACCAAGUUCCAUAGUUUUCUUGAACGCCAUUUGUGGAGUGGUUCGAGCUGUGCUGGGGGGACAAGUUUAUUCAUCUCGAGACCUCCACAAUAUUCCCGAGGAAUACAUAAAGAGUUUGAGGAGAGAAGCAUACGACAACUGGCACGCGCUACAAGAUUUCGAACCGAAUUCCAGGGAGAUCUUGUUGCUAAAACAAGGAAACGAGGGAUAUGGGAAUGAAGAAAGUGAUUAUGUAAUGGAGAAAUCAGCGUUUGAAAGUAGCUACGAGUUGAUAAGUGGGCAAUUACUUGAAUGCCGAGAUUGGGAUUCCAAUUCUUCGGAUCAGUAUAAUAUUGAGGGCAAUUUUCACUGUAAUUAUGGGUAGCUGCUUCUUAAAUCUUUCAAAGGAUUUUGGAAAUAAAAUUGCCAACCAAUUUCCGCACUCCAUUUAUGGACUACUACUCUUCUGUCCUCGCAUUUUUAUUUUAA